AUGCGCAGCACAAGUUACGAGCACUUGCAAUCCCAUAUGAGAGUGGAAACGUUGCUUAUUGUUGAUAUGAAUUCAGGAAUAAAUGCGUGGAUUUGAAUGACUGUUUUUAAACACAAAAAAAGUGUCUAUUGUUUUCCUUCAGUUUUGCAACUGUUUUGACCAAGGGUUACGUUCAAUUUUCGUUUAAAACAAUGUACAUAAAAAAGAAAAAGCUCAGUUCUGCCCUGAUCACUUGAAUAAUUUGUGACGCACUUAAUAUUAAUUUGUGUAUAUAUUCCCACAUUGCUCAAAGUAGUCAUAUUUAAGUGGUCGUAAUGUAUAGUAGCAAAUCCAUUCAGAUAUGUUUGGAUUAUUAUCUAUGGGUUUAAUUAAUAGAGAAAUCCAUAGAGUCUCAGCGCUAAUAUGCUGAUUUCCCUUUGGUGAGGUAACAUCAGGGGGGCUCAUCUGGUUCUGACAACAGCUUUUGAGUCACACAUGGUUCUGUGAGACACAAUCAAAUACAGUUCCAGUUUAAGAUUCUUCUCUUGUGAAUGCCCUAUAACCAGGAUUUUUAGAAUACAACGGGCAAUUACUCAUCAACUUAAUCAUUGAAUAUCUAGCAUCGCUAAUCUUCUCCUGAGGCCCAUCCGCUACACACGCUGACAUAAUGAGGCUGGUUUUGGUCAAACCCACCAAUGCAACACACCGUCUCGACUCAACUGGAGAUAGGCGUCUUGACCGUGACCCUGAACACUGCAACUCAGGGGGGGCAUCUCCUACCGGACCAUCCGAGGUCAUGAGAUAUCAGUACUCUGGAACAGCCCUCCAUCCCCGGGCCUCGACGCGAGAACGUGGCGGCAACUUUGCCACAACAGUUUCCUCGCACGCAACCACAAACGGAGUUCCCCUGCUGCCCGUUUCUUCUCCACAACCGUCUCCCCUCAAAACGCGGAGCACCACGCUUUCGCAAUUGAGCAAUCAAGACCUGCUUCGUUUCUGCAGUCAGAUAGGAAGCCCCCCUGAUCUUCACCUGGGCUCGGUUCAGUCUGCUGAGUGGCAUGGGACCGACAUGGGCCAUCCCAGCCAGGUGUGUCGCUGCGAUGGUCCUUCUCUCAACAUGCUCCAGGAUUCGGAGGCAGCCAGUUUCCAGCCUCGGUCCAAGCAGGGCUUCCUCAAGGACUGCCUCACCGGGUUUUCCAAGAGUGGAAAUCUUAGCACUAAGAAGCAACCAAGGUCCUUGGUGCCAUCGACAAUAAAUAUUUUCCCUCAAGUCCUUAAUCAAGAGGAUGACAUGAAAGAGAUGGUUAAUUGCUUCAAGGAUAGUUUCAUGUCCCACUGUGAAGGAGAUGGAGAAUUAAAUGAGCAUCACCAGCAAAAACAAAACAACCAUUUUAAACUCAAAGAUCAUCAUUUACCUCAUGUUUCGACCGCCGAAAACUCAGACCAUCUUCUCAACAUCCCUUUGCAUUCAGUCGAAUCCAGUGAAGCCAGACGGCACCUGAUUUUCUCCCAGCGUCAAGGGGAGCAGCAACCGUCAUUAACGCCUCAGAAGACGUCGGGUCGAAGUCCACGGAACUGCUGUGUCGGUGACCUGGCCGACCUUUGCGGGAACCAGCCACAAUUGCUUCAGCAGUAUCUACGGCAAGACUCAGAUCCCCAACGUGGUUUUCACCGAAACACCUGGACUUCGGAUGACAAAAAACAACCCGUAUGCCCAAAGCAUCACCAGUUCCCGGCUUAUCCUCCAUUCACCAGCACCCCUCGUGUAAGGAGGUCGUCUGAGGCGGCCAGCAAACACGGAAGUAUUUAUUCUUCUACAAGUAGCCAUCGCUGGCAGGAGAAUCAUUACUGUAAUGAGAAGAGGAACAAGCAACCGGAUAAUCAGGGCCAAGACGGGUCUAAGUCGUCCCUCUCCAAUUGUUCUCCAACCCCCUUAAACACCUUCCCGACCGGUGGCACCUUCAAUGGAGACGCCGCGAGACCUCUGGAGAGCCACGGGACUUCCGAGAGUCAUUUGGUCGACCCGGCCUUUGAGAGACAGCCUGUCCAGAGCUCCUUUUUAGAGGAGGUCUUUUCGAAAAGCGUCGGCGAGGACUCGAGUAAGGCCUGCAGCGACAGCCUCACCAGGGACGGAGGCGAGGCGCCACAGAGGAAGACGAAGGACAUCGGCUACCGGCUGGGCCAACGCAGGGCCCUCUUCGGGAAGCGCAAGCAGCUGAGCGACUACGCGUUGAUCUGCGGGAUGUUUGGGAUCGUCGCCAUGGUGGCCGAGACGGAACUGUCCUCCGUCGUUUACACCAAGGCAUCGACGUACUCCUUUGCGUUGAAAUGCCUCAUCAGUCUCUCUACUGCUAUAUUGCUAGGCCUCAUUCUGAUGUACCAUGCCCGGGAAAUACAGCUCUUCAUGGUGGACAAUGGAGCGGAUGAUUGGAGGAUAGCCAUGACCUAUGAGCGGAUCUUCCUGCUCCUCCUGGAGCUCCUGGUCUGUGCCGUGCACCCCAUCCCCGGCCAGUACGCGUUCGCCUGGACCACGCGGCUGCCCUUCGCCAACCCUCCCUCCGCGGCCAAGUCCGACAUCGACAUCGUCCUCUCCAUCCCCAUGUUCCUGCGCCUCUAUCUGAUCGGCCGAGUCAUGCUGCUCCACAGCAAGCUGUUCAGCGACGCGUCCUCGCGGAGCAUCGGAGCCCUGAACAAGAUCAGCUUCGACACGCGCUUCGUCAUGAAGACUCUGAUGACCAUCUGCCCCGGCACCGUGCUUCUGGUGUUUAGCGUGUCUUGCUGGAUCAUCGCCGCGUGGACCGUCCGCGUGUGCGAGAGGUAUCAUGACUCUCAGGGGGUGACCAGUAACUUCCUGGGAGCCAUGUGGCUCAUCUCCAUAACCUUCCUCUCCAUUGGCUACGGAGAUAUGGUUCCUCACACGUACUGUGGUAAAGGAGUGUGUCUACUGACUGGGAUCAUGGGCGCUGGCUGUACUGCGCUGGUGGUCGCCGUGGUUGCGAGAAAGUCUGAGUUAACCCGGGCUGAGAAGCAUGUUCACAAUUUCAUGAUGGACACCCAGCUCUAUAAACGGGUGAAAAACACAGCAGCUAAUGUCCUCAGGGAAACAUGGCUCAUCUACAAACACACCAAGCUGGUCCAGAAGAUCGACCACGCAAAGGUUCGCAAACACCAACGCAAAUUUCUGCAAGCUAUUCACCAGCUACGCAGAAUUAAAAUGGAGCAGAGGAAACUAAUGGACCAGGCCAACACGCUUGUUGAUUUAGCAAAGACACAGAGCAUGAUGUAUGACUUGGUCUCAGAUCUCCAGCGGCGUAGCGAGGAGAUGGACAGGCGGAUGGAAACCUUGGAGGGCAAACUAGACGCAAUCCUCCUCAGCCUGCAAGCCCUACCGAGCUCUCUCUCUCAGGCAAUGACUCAGCAGCAAGCGGACUUCCUGGAUGGCCUGCUGCACCGGGUGCGGGCAGCAUCGUUAGUCUCUGCUCCUGACCUGCCAUGUCCAUCUUCCCUGACAUCCGAAAUCUUAUUGCACAGUGGAUCGCCUGCUCACAUUCCUGAAAUCUGAAUGGAUCAAUUCGAUGUUUAUUUGUGAUAUUUGUGUCAUUAUCAGAGAGUUUCUACUUUAUCUAAAGUAUCUGUACGAUGUUUUGGGACUUUAAUUUCCCACAGGAAGAGCAUAAUAAUUGUCCACCGGAUGGCGCUAUUAACUUUUGUUUGACACUACAUUGACAAUUAUAUGGACAACAUUAGAGGAUUAAAACAAC